AGAGCCAAGCAGCCCCCCUGGACGUGACUUGGAAGAGCCCUACUUGCAUUUCCUGCUCCGUGCGGUAGCCCUCUUGUGAAUUGGGUCCGGUUACCAGUCAGGUGAGAGGAGCAACGACCUCUGUGGGUGUCUUCACUUCCGUGCCAAAAGGCCAUCUAUUUUAGGUGUCUGUUUACUGCAUGUGAUGAAAGGUGCCCAUCGCUGCACUGCACUGCACUGACGAUGUCUAACAGCAACACGACGCAAGAGACCCUGGAAAUAAUGAAAGAGUCGGAAAAAAAGCUGGUGGAGGAAUCUGUGAACAAAAACAAAUUUGUAUCCAGGUCACCGAGCAAGGAAGAGGUUGAGAAGGAAGGGGAGGAGGCCAACGUACGGCAGGAGUCUCAGAGGCGGACUUCAAAUCAUGGACACGCCAGAAAAAGAGCCAAGUCUAAUUCGAAGCUCAAGCUGGUCAGGAGCCUGGCAGUGUGUGAAGAAUCCUCCAGCCCCUUUGUGGAUGGGCCCUUGGAAGCCCAGGACAUUAUUCAGUUGCAUGUCAGUUGCCCCUCGGACAAGGAAGAGGAGAAGUCGACAAAAGAUGGGCCCGAGAAAGAGGAAAAAGACAAGAAUAAGGAGAAGGCACCAAGGAAAAUGCUCUCUAGAGAUUCCAGCCAAGAAUACACAGACUCCACUGGAAUAGAUUUGCAUGAAUUUUUAGUAAAUACACUGAAAAAAAAUCCAAGGGAUCGAAUGAUGCUGCUAAAGUUAGAACAGGAGAUUCUGGAGUUUAUUAGCGAUAACAACAAUCAGUUCAAGAAGUUCCCGCAGAUGACCUCAUAUCACAGGAUGCUCUUGCACAGGGUAGCUGCCUACUUCGGCAUGGACCAUAACGUUGACCAAACUGGGAAAGCCGUCAUUAUCAACAAGACCAGUAACACCAGGAUCCCCGAGCAAAGGUUCUCCGAGCACAUCAAAGACGAGAAGAACGUGGACUUUCCACAGAGGUUCAUCCUAAAGCGAGACGACGCCAGCAUGGACCGGGACGAUAAUCAGAUCAGGAUCCCAUUGCACGACGGGAGGAGGAGCAAAUCAAUCGAAGAGCGAGAAGAGGAGUAUCAGAGGGUCAGAGAGCGGAUAUUUGCGCGAGAGACGGGUCAGAACGGAUAUCUAAACGACAGCAGGGGGAACCGGGACGCUCUGAACCGGGCCUCGGGCAGCCGUCAGAGCAGCACAGAGAGCGAGCUGAAGUCGCUGGAGCCCCGGCCGUGGAGCAGCACAGACUCGGACAGCUCCAUCCGCAACCUGCGCCCGCCCGUCACUAAAGCCAGCAGCUUCAGCGGCAUCUCCAUCCUCACGCGAGGGGACAGCAUCGGGAGCAGCGCCAGCAGGACAGCCAGGCCAGGUCUGUCGCUAGCCCCGGAAGCGUGCAGCCAAGUCUCCUCGUCCCAGCCUGGCCGAGGGAGCUUCUUGCCAUGCACUGUGCAGCAGCAGCCGCAGCAGCACCAAGCACUUCCACCCACUCCCCAGCAACAGCCGGCGAUGAGUAAUCACCUGAUCUCCCCGGCCGAAGAGCUCAGCUCCCCCUUUGGGCAGAUCAGCCUCAGCCGUCAGGGCUCCACAGACGCUCCGGACCCAUCCUCGGCCAUGUUCCAGCCGCCCCUCAUCUCCCAGCAUCCUCAGCAGACGGGAUUCAUCAUGGCGUCCCCGGGACAGCCCCUCCCCGCCUCCAGCUACUCCACCUCGGGCCACACGGCCCCCGCUCAGCAAGUCCUGCAGCCCCAGGGCUAUCUGCAGCCUCCCCAGCAAAUUCAGGUUUCCUACUACCCGCCCGGGCAGUAUCCAAGCUCCAGCCAGCAAUACAGACCUCUCAGCCACCCAGUGGCCUACAGUCCCCAGCGCAAUCAGCAGCUCCCGCAGCCUUCACAACAGCCGGCAGGUUUACAGCCAAUGAUGUCCAACCAGCAGCAGACGUUCCAGGGCAUGAUGGGAGUCCAGCCGUCCCAGACUCCCGGCCUCCUCAACAAUCAGAGGAGCAACAUGGGGAGCCAGAUGCAAAGCAUGCUGGGAGUCCAGCAGCCGCAGACCUCCGGUCUCCUCAGCAAUCAAAGAGGCAGCAUGGGAAACCAGAUGCAAGGCCUGAUGGUCCAGUACACGGCACUGCCCUCGUACCAGGUCCCGGUGGCUAGCGAGUCGCAGGGGGUGGUCCAGCAGCCGUUCCAGCAGCCGGUGCUGGUGUCCGCCAGCCAGUCAGUGCAGGGAGGGCUGCAGUCCGGCGGGAUGCCGGUCUAUUACAGUGUCAUCCCCACAGCCCAGCAGAACGGCACCAGCCCCUCGGUCGGGUACCUGCAGCCUCCCGGCUCCGAGCAGUAUCAGAUGCCCCAGUCUCCCUCGCCCUGCAGCCCGCCACAGAUGCAGCAGCAGUAUUCGGGGGUGUCUCCGUCGGGGCCCGGCGUGGUCGUGAUGCAGCUGAACGUGCCCAGCGGCCCCCAGCCCCCGCAGAACCCUCCCGUGGUGCAGUGGAGCCACUGUAAAUACUAUGGCCUCGACCAGCGGGGGCAGAAGCCGGGGGACCUGUACAGCCCAGACACCAGCGCCCAGGCCAGCACCCAGCUAACCAGCCCCAUCACGUCCCCCACUCAGUCCCCGACGCCGUCUCCCGUGACCAACCUCAACAGCGUCUGCACAGGGCUCAGCCCGCUGCCAGUCCUCACGCAGUUCCCCCGGCCCGUGGGCCCAGCACAAGGCGACGGGCGCUACUCUCUGCUGGGCCAGCCGCUGCAGUACAACCUCUCCAUCUGCCCUCCUCCUCUGCUGCCCAGCCAGUCCAACUACAGCGCGCACCAGGGCCAGACAGGGAUGAAACACGGAAACCGGGGCAAGAGACAGGCCCUCAAGUCAGCGUCCACCGACCUCGGCACAAGCGACGUAGUGCUGGGCCGGGUGCUGGAGGUGACCGACCUGCCCGAGGGCAUCACGCGCACGGAGGCCGACAAGCUCUUCACCCAGCUCGCCAUGGCCGGGGCCAAGAUCCAGUGGCUGAAGGAGCCUCCGGGGCGGCGCGGGGCCGGGGGCGGCGCAGGCGACAACCACGGGCCGGCGGAGAACGGCCGGCACCCGGACCUGGCGGCCUUGUACACCGUGGUGGCCGUGUUCCCCAGCCCGCUGGCCGCCCAGAACGCCUCGCUGCGCCUCAACAGCGCGCCCAGCCGCUUCCGGCUGCGCCUGGCCAAGGGGAGCUUCGACCUGCGGGUGCUGGAGCGGGCCAGCUCCCAGUAGGGCCCCCCCGGGCCCCCCCGCGCCCGGCCCCUAUUUAUAUGGACACAAUGAAGAGACGAGCAAUUGAGCCGCCGCCUUCUGGAGUGGAAGGACAUGGCCCCCCCUCCCCCCGGUAACGCGCCCCCCACCGC